AUGACUACCCCGGCUCCCUCGAUAGCUCCGUUGGCUCCCGCACUGGCCGCCAAGCCUGCGAUUUCACCGUCCCCCGGUCCGGGCACACCCGGCUCGAUCACCUCCAAGGAAUGGGUAAUUCCACCACGCCCCAAACCCGGCCGCAAGCCUGCCACCGAUACGCCUCCGACCAAACGGAAAGCCCAGAAUCGUGCGGCGCAGAGAGCUUUUCGGGAGCGACGAGCCGCCCGGGUCAACGAACUCGAGGACCAAAUUAAGCAGAUCGAAGAUGAGCAUGAUAUCCACGUAGCCGCCUUCAAGGAGCAGAUCUCCAACCUGUCUCACGAAGUCGAGCAAUCCCGUAACGAGACGUCCUGGUGGCGAGACCGCUGCCACGCCCUCGAGAAGGAGGUCUCCGUCGAACGAAGUGCCAAGGAAGCGUUGGUGAAGGAAUUCCGCUCCUCCAUCUCCGAUCACGCUACUUCGAGUGAUAAGUCUCGGUCCUCGGCCGACCGUGAAGCUCAAGGAAGAGCGCAAUCGAGUCAUGUCCAUGAAGAACGAGAGGAUGUGCCUCUGGGUUGCAGCAACUGCUCGUCAAGUCACUGCCAGUGCAUCGAAGACGCAUUUAGCAUGCCAGGUAUCGAAACUCGCGAUAUGAAGCGCCCGAGCACUUCAGCAGCCGUCCGACCGGAACCUCAGAUUAAGCCCGACCCGGAGGAAAUGGAGAUUGAUUUUACAACGCGGUUUGCGGCCCCUCACGCCCAGGAAGACACAUCCACGGCUGUUUCGUCGCCCGCGGUCGAUCCCUGCGGAUUCUGCCAGGACGGAACCCCGUGCAUCUGUGCCGAGAUGGCGGCUCAGGAGGAGCAGCGCGAGCAAAGGAGCUCGUUCGAGACCAACCGACUCGCCCCGAUUCAGAACUUGUCCCAGUUCACCCCGCCCCCGUCCGACGGAGACGUUCGCUCGGAGGUGACCCUGCCCCCCAUCAGCGAGGCAACCAAUCCGUGUGCCAACGGCCCGGGCACCUGCGCCCAGUGCAUGUCUGACCCGCAACGUACCCUUUUUUGCAAGACGCUGGCGGCAUCCCGCUCCGCCAGCGUUGCCUCCUCCGGCUGCUGCGGCGGUAAGGGCGCCGACGGUGGAUGCUGUAUGUCCCGGAGCUCGAAUCCACCUCCCCGGACCGGAUCGACUGUCAAUGCAAACCCCGCUAGAUCCAAGACCCCUUCCUUGACCCUGUCGUAUUCGGAUGCUUUCACGACGCUGUCGCGACACCCGAACUUUUCUCGGGCCAGCGAUGAUAUCUCCGCGUGGCUCCCCAAACUUCACACGCUACCAAACCCCAAGGACGUUGCCCCGGCGGAGACCUCGCGAGCCGCGAUGGAAGUCGAGGCAGCCAGCGUGAUGGGAGUUUUGCGAUACUUCGACCGGAGAUUUGCCGACAAAUAA